GCCUUCAAUAUUGCCAUGAGCUCCCCUCCCAACUCUGGCAGCUACAUGACAAACUCCUCCAUGACCCAGUCCUUCUACCCGGGCAUGGACAGCAGCCAGCUGUUUCCUCAGGAGCAACAACAACAAAAACAGAAGACCAUCUCCGUGUCUGAACGCAUGCAGCAACGGAUUAAAUGCCGCAUCCCCAUCGUGAACAUGGACAAGAAACAGAUGCUGUUUAUCCAGACAAAGAAUAACGAACAGCUCUCAGGACCAUCAGUCGAUGUGACUUGGACAAUGGAGACCCUCCACGUGCUUCUGUCUCCCAAACUUCUGGGACUUUUAACUGAGAUGCUUGGCUCCAAAAAGUCUACAGGCAGGCAACAGGGUGCUGUCCAGGAGCCAAUGACGUUGGAAGAUUUUGCGUUCUGUCGCAAAUUUGCUGAGGAAGACAGCCGCCAGAACAGUCUUGUUGAUCAUAUCUCUGUCCCACAAUUGUCAACAACAGAUCACAUUGAGCUGAUGCAUGGGGCCAGCUCAGCAAGCAUGUUGUCAGAUAACGAUAUGUUCUACUCAACUGUGGACCCCACAUAUAAGGGUCAGGCGACCGGCUUUGACAUCAGUGACACUGCAUCGGUCAGUACAUUUGCUGGUCACUCCACAUUCACUUCUAGUAAUGUUAGUGGCUACUCCCAUGCCAAGCGUAAUAGAGAACGCAGUGCUAGUUUGCUUAUGGAAGAUCACAGCGAGGACAGCAAAGUGGUCAACUUGACCAUUCCAUUCUUCACUGUCACAGUUCUGAUGGAGGAACCCAAAUCUGACCCCUUUGCUCUCAGGUCCAGCUCCUCCCUCCACCAGCACCUUCCCUCUGUGUCUUCAGAGCAGGAACAGCCAAAGUCUUUCACCGCUGGAGACCAGUCUCCUGUAAAUAUCCCACCAACCUCGCCCAGGCACGCUUCUUCGCUUCCCGUGAAUGUAGACUCGAAGUCUGUACCGUCACCUCCUACCCAUACGUCUUUCAGUAAUAAAGCGAAGGAUGGACAAAAAAAUAAUUCUGAAAGUUCUGAUGAUGAGGAGGAGUUUCAUGACAGUGGAGACUAUUUCGAGAAAUGUGUUGAUGGACGUACCAUUGACAGUCCACCGUGUGGGAAGGCAGACCAAGCAAAGAUAGCUCCUCCCACCAUUUCACAUUCGGACUCAAUGGCUACGUCAUCGUCUGCUCAGCCUAGCCAAGUUACCCAGGAGCCCAACUCCCCUGAAUGUUGCCUCAAGGUAGUGGCUGAUCGGUUCUUUCUGGCUAUGGCAGAACUGGAGGCUCGCUCUUCCCUCAGGGAGCUGAGAGACAAGGUCUCCCAUGUCUUGCCUUUGGACCAUCUUGGACUUCUUUCAAAGCCUGUUCAAUUGAACAUAAACCAGCUGAAGAAAUCUUUGGAGAGCAGGCUUGAGGUCAAGGUCAGGAUGGGCAAGCUGGAGGUGGUCGAGUGCCUGUUUGACCGGCUGGACAGCAGCAGCAACUUUGCGAAGCAGGUGUUGCCCAAGGUCCCACAGUACUCCAUGCCAAAGGGAAGCAACCACAGCUCAUUGCUCGACAACCCCGUAGAAAUCAUUCAGCUCCUCACAUUUGAUGUUAAUGGCCUGUCUGACCAGACUCACGGUCAGUUUGACCCCCAGCAAUUCUUUGCCUCGGACAAGCAUCAGCAGCAGUCCUCAGCUCUCACACUUUCUGUAGACUCUAUCAAGUCACGUCGAAGGAGAAAAGAAGUGCCGGCGCUGAAGGUGUCGCUGGACUUUGGCAAAAUGACAUCGGAGGUGGACAUCACUAUCAUUGACCGCCUGGCUCCCCUGCUGGCCAUGGACACAGGGCGGAGUCAAGGACCGGGCACAAAGCUGCUAGAUGAGUCUGGCCAGUUGGAAGAAGUAAUUCAGGAGGAGUCAAGCUCGGUCGCCUUGAAUAUCAAUACAGAGGUGAAAGCUGCCCAUUCCACACUUCGCCUUCGAUUCCCAAUCCCGGACCUGCGAGUGAGCCCCCCUCCCCCCUCUAGAGAGGACUGGUGCCGACGCUCCCUGCACAAGGAGAUGCUGGUCCUAGAACUGGAGGCCCCGGAGGUCAGGACGAGCAUCAAGGGAGAUGACCCAUGCAAGUUUGAGCUGGAAGUCUUCAAAGCCAGUGCAUACAUGCAAGAGGACAUAGACAAAGAUCCUGUCCUUUUUGGAGAAGUGACGGUGGAGGACGACAAAGCAACCGCUCAUGAUGCUCAGCACUUCAACUGGCCACGAAUUGUAAUUGGUUGCACCAACAAAAGGAACUCGGAGCUGGAGACGGAAGAGGAGUCUGACCACUCAAACUACAGCUCGGACCUGUACACAGACCUGUUGCACUCAGAGUCGGGACCAUUCAGCAAGAAAAAGAGUUUCUAUGAACGCGAUGACCUCUCCUUCUCGGAACAGGCUGCCCCAGAUAGCGACAAGAUGGUGAUGCCAGGCGACAUUCUGGAACUGCGCCAGUUUCGCGAGGAGUGUGUGGCUCACACAGAGAUGUCAGUGGACAUCAACAUACCUCGUAUCAUCGUGUCUUUACAUUCGAAGGAGUUCUUGGAGCUUCUUUAUAACAGGUUCAACAAUGACUUGUUGAUGUGGGAACCAAAGCCGCUGAGGGAGCAUUCCUACAGCCACAGCUUGGCGCCCUCCACCAGUAGCCUUGGAGUGCUGCACCUGCUUCAGCAACAGCAUCGACACAUGAUAUCAAGCAUUGAUAAUGAAUUGCCGGAAUCAGAGGAAGAGGAGGAGUCUAUGAAGUACUCUAUCCAUGACCACGCGGCCAAUCACAGUGGGAAACAAAUAAAGCCAACAGCUGUACGGCCAAUGAGCAAACUCUGCUUCUCUCUCGGCAUCGGCUCAGGAAUAGUGUUUGCUGUGAUUCCACAUCCAGAUGCAGUAACAGAGCGAGGGCUCCAUGCAGAGAUGUGUCUGACAGUGCGAGAUGGCAUGCUGUUCUCUGUCAACAAGCACUGUGGAGACCCUGAGCUCAAGUACCUAACCCUACAAGCCCACCGAGCACAUCUUUACCACAACAGUCAUGUGACCAGCCCGGUCCAGGCAGGGUCCUUGAACCACUUGCGCCACGGGAUACCCGAGCAGCUGCGACCUCGUAUCUACCGCUCGGAGCGCUGGGUGUCUGACCGCUCUCAGGGGCGGGCCGGGUGGGGAGGGGACAGCCCAGACAUGUUGGCACUGGUCGUCAAGACCAAAGUGGACACUAUCAACAAUAUCAAGAAUUUCACACUGGCCCUGAGAGUGGACGGUGCUACACUGCGACAUGAGAUGCACAGAACUGGGGAGAGUUGGGUGUCACAGGCCAUGGAUCUGUUUGACCUGACAGACUUCCCCAUCCUAGGAUACACAGUGCCCAAAGUCAUGACUGAGAUUCACUUGCAGAUUGACCACUGCUCUGUGGAUUACAGACCCAUCAAUUUGCCUGUGUGGAGCUUCCUGACCAUGGAACACUUCAGCCUAUGCAGUAAUAUUGUUGCUGAGUCUACUGUGUCUAAAAUCCAGCUACGUUUUGAUGAUGGGGCACUGUUCCUCUCUAAGAAAUGUAACAGAGAGGUGAAUCUGCUGAAAGAUUAUGUGUGUGUGGGAGAAGUUGACCAGCUGAAGAUCUGGCUCCAGUUCUCCUACUCGCGUCCACAGAAACAGAAGAUCCCCAAAACGGACAUGCGGUUCAUGUGCAAUCAGCUGAUGCUGCACACGUGUGCGGAUUCAGCUCGCGCACUUGUCGACCUCAUCCAGUACCUCGUGCGUGAUGGGGACCUGGGUGAGGAGGACUUCGAAGGGGAUGCCGACUCAUCUUGCGGGGGAGAUGAGACUCAAUCCAUAGCUGCUCAAGGGGAGGAAACGGAACUUCAAGGUCAAGCUGCAUCGUCUUGUCCAGUUGUGCCAGCCCUCACCCCGGAGCAGGAAGCUUCAGUCGUCUCGGCUCUAGAGGAAGCCAUGAAUGACAGUCAAGAAUGCUCUGAAGGAAAAGCGGAGCCUGUGCCGGAGCGUCGACCCAAGGGACCAGGCACUCGUGUGUUCUUCCAGUAUGAUGGGUCCCAAGUACCAGAGCUGGAGCAACACUUGAGUGAGGCGCUGCACAUCACCACGUCAAACAGCUCAGGGUCAGACGAUAAUGGCAACUGUGAAGAUGACGGCAACGAGGAAGAGGAGUUUGAGAUUGUGGACUACCACAGCAAAGAAAUUAGGAAUGUACACGGCAGUCACAAAAUAUUCCAGCUGUCGCCUCACCCUCCGGAGGUAGUGGAAAACUAUCUUCCUAAGCCUACCAGCUCUUUCGACAUUUUGCGCUCGCCUGAGGGUUUCCCUGAUCCAGAGUACCAGUAUACCCUGAGAGAGUUAUCUCUAGUCUGGCGUCUCUAUGGAGGGUCUGAUUUUGGACAUCAGCGCCGUGGCUCUAGUGCUGAACGAAUUGGAUUGUCUCGUGGAAUGCAGAGUCCAAGGUCUCAGAGGAAGACGUCCGACGCAGAUGGUUCUCCUCGGAACAGCUGGCGUCGAAGGGGUGGAGAGUUACGUAACUUUGAUUUGUUGAUGGAGUUCGAUUUGAAUAAGAUUCGUUUCCGCUACGAGGUUUAUCCCACCUGGACUAUCCAGUCAUCCCGGUUUAAGUUCCUGGUCAAUUCUUUUGAGCUGCGGGACCGCAUUGUGGCGUCAGAGGUCAACAAAUUCCUGGUCAAACUGGUGGAUAAGGAUCAUCCAGAGCAGAACUCAGCUUACAUGCUGAUGUUUUCCGGGGUAUUCAAGCGGCCAGAGCACCUCCCACACCGCGAGGAGCUAGAAGUGAAACUGUUCCUGCUGCCCAUUAAGCUGAAUAUUGAUCAGCUCGCCCUCAACUUUCUGAAGACCUUCAUCCAGCAAUUAUCCGAGAGUGAGAUGGAACCUUCCAGUGGACCCCCACCCAGUGGGUCAGCUGUUGGUGGUCGGGCAUCUCCCCUCGGUGGCCGGGCCUCUCCCUCUGGUGGGCGGGUGUCUCCGAUAAGUGGGCGGGCUAGCCCACGAGCGUCUGUUGGGAGUGCAGAUCCCAUCAUGCAAGUGCGAGAGCCCUCGACGAAAGAGUCUAGCAUGGACGAGACCGAGUUGUUGAUGCAGUUUGAUGAGUUCAGCAUGAAGCAGAGCAUUUAUCUGCAGGCACGCCUCAAUGAGAAUGUGUCGGAGGUGCCUCAGGAGGAUCUCCCAGUCUUCAUUAAGUCGUUUGUGUUCAUCUCAGAUGUUACCAUUAAGCUCGACUAUCGUGGCAAGCACUGUGAUAUGGCUCAGAGCGUGCGGCGACGAAGAACGGUGAGACAUCGCAACCGCCAGCCACGCACCACAGCUGAGGGGGCCAAGGCCGCACUACAGGUCGUCACAGAGGGCGUCAAAGAGUCGGCUUCGAACCUCUCUGCGAUGGUCAGCGAGGAGAGUGCCCACAAGGGUUAUGUCGGUGUAGUAGGAGGCACACUACGCAAUGCUACUCCAGAGUGUUUGUUCAAACCCCUAGCAUUGCUGGCAGAGGCAGGAAGCAGUUUGGUGCAAGGCGUCCGGAAUGAGGUGGACCCUAAUGUGAUGAAAGAGGAGGAGGACCGGUGGAAGCAAGCAUAGAGGACGGUGGGACGGCAGUCAGUUAAAAAUAUGUGCUAGGCAUAGAGAAAGGUAGAAACAGCUGUUGAGAAAUAAGGAACAGUUUCCUGAAAAUUGGUGAAAGCAAGAUUGGGCGGGCUUGUCAUCUGUCCCAAAUUUCCUAGAACUGUCCCACAUAUGGCAUCUGGAAUUUGAGACGACACUUUAACGUCCGCAACACAAGCCAAAUUUUGAACUUUUUUCUGGUGUUUGUAGGCCAUUUCUGAUUACUUUGGUCAGGUGGUCACCCACUUAUAUUCGAUGCCCUUGGUUUGGUUUUGAAAAAGUUGGCGAGCCUGAUACAAAAAUGUACCGUCACAUAUACCUUGGUGGAUGCAGACUUUUGAAAAAGUAGAAUUGCUAGGUGAAAAAAGAUACCCCUCACUUGGUUAGAAAUGGGCAGUAUAAAAUUUGAUUUGAAUUUUUUAAAGAUUACAUUUUAGGACGGGGGGGCAAAGCAAACAAUAGAGGAAGUGGAAUCUUGUCAUGGAAACAGAAAAGGUCAUUUUUUCUUGUUCUUGGAAAUAAAAGUGAGAUUGGGGUAAUUGUUUUAAGAAGACAACGAUUGUAGGAUGUACUGUCCUGUCUUCAUCUCAUCAGGGUGACUCAAGAUUGGCUUUGCUUGUUCCUCAUUCAGCAGUGUCUGUGUCCUUUCCUUGCACCUGACUAUCAAAACUUUAAAACAGUUUUGUAGUAGUGUCUUUUUUUUCUAAAACCCAGAGGUUUUGACAUGUAAGAUUCAUUAUUUUUUUUUAAGUUUCCUGAUUUGAAUGUUGUGUUUUUAAAAAGCAUCUAGCACUACUGGGGUUUAAUUUUAAGUAAAUCCGGAGCUUUUUCAUCUUUAUUUCAUCCUUGUAUUGGCUUUUUCCUCAAUUUUUUUUUCGCUAAAGGUUCGUCAAUUGUAACCAUGUAUUGUUUUCAACAUUUUGUUUGCUGGUCUCACACCUACCUCCAGAACAUAAUAGUGUACCUCAACAAAAUCAUUUUGACUUGUGUUUCUGGACAGGGUUUUCAUUUGUUUGUUAGAUCAUACACCCCAAACUGCACAAUAUUUGACUGGCUCUAAAAUUCAGAGACUGAAAAAGAUCACUCCAACUAUGAAGCAGACCAAUGUCAUAAUAUUUUUUAGGAUCACUUCUAUGAAUAAGCAAAGUGGGGCCAUAUUCAUAAUCCUUUUCUUUUAAUGCAAGAUUUUUUUAUGAAUAAUGAAUGACACAACUUACUGGAAUCUGAAUUGUCCAUUUCUUUGGUUGUUACGGAAGGCGUAGAUUGUGAAUUACACAUUUUAACCACAAUUUUGGAUUUUUUCUUUUCUUUUUUUUGUUGUUGUUGUUCUCAUCUACAUUGUUGGUGGAAGAACGUCACCCCAGUUGUUGUGCUUCUGUGCCAUUGAACCUGAAACAGAAAGCCACUAAAUGUUUUAGUUUGCUGCUUUUUCGUACAUUUUGUUUGCUGCUGUGUGAUGACUUACCCACCUAUGUUGCAGUUCUACAUGGCAAGGACUGCUCCUAAAACAGCUGAAUGUGUUUACAGGAGAAAGAAAUGUUUCUCUCAACUUGUACUCCUUGCAUGGAUGCCAUGCAUUGUUCUCUUCUUUACUUUGUUCGAAGGUUUCAUGCUGAAUACCUGUGGUUGAACUCUCGCAAAAGGCAUUUCACUGUUACCCAGUAUAGAAGUUGUUUUAUCAAGUAUCUCUUUUUGUUUAUAGUUAGCUUUUUAAAUUUAUUUUUUAAUAUAUUUUUUGUUUAAUUUGAUCAGAGAUCAGUCAGUCAACCGACUUUACAGGGUUCUGUUAAGCUGAUUUUGUUGUAUCUGUGUAUAAUGGUAACUGAGUCUACAGAUACAUUUUCCUCAGCCCUUUUUUGUUUGGUACAUGCUUCACUUGACUCUACUAGUCAUUUUGUGGGUUCACUUCAUGGUGGUGAAACUAAAAAAUGACAUUUUAUUUGUGUGAUUUUCAUUAUUUUUUUUGAAGAAUGCAAGUGCCUUGAAAUUACAUGGUUGCACCAACGCCCUAUUUUCAAAAAAAGAUUAACUCUUUUUUUCACUUUUUUUUUUAAAGAUGUUGAAAUAUUCUUCAGUAUUCGUUUCUUCUAUGAUGUGGUGGUCCACCUAAAAAGAAAGUUAUGCAAUGUACUAUAGCCAGGAAAAAUGUAAUUCAGGUUCAGAUAGGUAUUUAUGCUAGUUAUUUCCUUCAAAAGUUGGAUUCAAGACGGAGCAUAAUUUUAAUCCGAAUUCCGCAAAAGGGCUAUUAAGAUUAUUUUACCCUUCUAACAAUGUUCACAUCAUGCUGAAUUCUGAGCUAUUAUCAGCGACUUCUGGCUCUCGCAGACUUGGAUUAUGUUUUGAAUUUUUCUUACUAUAUGUCAUCUGUUAUAAAACCAGUAGAUUUCUCAAAAGAUAUUCAGACUAUUGGAAUGAGUGUAAUUCUGUUAAAACAAUCCUAAACGUUUCUCUGACCUAUUUGAUAAGGGUAUGUGUGUGCAAUGUGUUCAGAUGACGAUGGGAUCUAGCAAAAUUAUGUACUGCCCAUUGUACUUAAACACCUUGAGUAUGCAGUAGUCACUCUUUAGAUAAACUAAAUUUUUUUUAAAUGGUGAACUGGUACUUGUUGCAGUUAUAGAUAUCAAUGUUGUCAGGAACUAACCUGUUUGAUGUUGAAAAAAAAAAA